CUCCCGUCGACUAGUGCAGCGUGAAUCUCGAAACCCUCCGAGCGCCGUGGUGCGAUACCCUUCGUCUGUCUUUUUUACAACACUCAGAUAGACCCGACUCGCAAACAUGGCUGUUGGAAAGAACAAGCGCCUGUCGAAGGGCAAGAAGGGUAUCAAGAAGAGAACCGUUGACCCCUUCACCCGCAAGGACGAGUACUCUGUCAAGGCCCCCUCGACCUUCCAGACCCGCGAUGUCGGCAAGACUCUGGUCAACCGCACCAGCGGUCUGAAGAAUGCCAACGACUCCCUCAAGGGCCGUAUCUUCGAGGUCUCCCUCGCCGACCUCCAGAACGAUGAGGACCACGCCUUCCGCAAGGUCAAGCUCCGCGUCGACGAGAUCCAGGGCAAGAACUGCCUGACCAACUUCCACGGUCUGGACUUCACCACCGACAAGCUGCGCUCCCUGGUCCGCAAGUGGCAGUCUCUGAUCGAGGCCAACAUCACCGUGAAGACCACUGACGACUACCUCCUCCGCCUGUUCGCCAUUGCCUUCACCAAGAGACGCCCCAACCAGAUCAAGAAGACCACCUACGCCCGCUCGUCUCAAAUCCGUGCCAUCCGCAAGAAGAUGACCGAGAUCAUUCAGCGCGAGGCCGCCAGCUGCACUCUGUCUCAGCUCACCCACAAGCUCAUCCCCGAGGUCAUUGGCCGCGAGAUUGAGAAGUCCACCCAGGGCAUCUACCCCCUGCAGAACGUCCACAUCCGCAAGGUCAAGCUCCUCAAGUCCCCCAAGUUCGACCUGGGUGCUCUGCUUGCCCUGCACGGCGAGUCUGCUACCGAUGACAAGGGCCAGAAGGUGGAGCGCGAGUUCAAGGAGACCGUCCUUGAGACUGUUUAAGGGUGUUUUGAUCUUGAAGGGGUUGUCAAAUACUGGUCAACCAUGGCAAUUGUUGUCUUCUGAUCAUAGGAAAACAAAAAACGUUCAUGACAUGUAUGACAGAUUUUGCAGCACCCGCAUGGGGGUUCGGUUGUCCCGGUAGGUGACCAGUCAAACCAGGACAGCCAAAAAUUCAAAUUAGUUUGCAACGAUUCGACUUUUUUUCUUGAGUAUGCUGUGCUGCAUUCGGUACUUAAGUGGUCAACCCUCGGCGUCCUUAAUUUUAAGCGACGAUCAGUUGUUCCAUACCCGAUGUAAGGACGCCACCUAGUAACUAAGCCAAGCUUUCUCUCUGGCCCACCAGGCCAUACGCUCGAGAUUACCAACCGCCUUUGUUCUUUUCAUGACCCCCGCAUAUUGAUCGUAGUGCUCAUUUUGAAAUGGCUUGGUGCCUUAAUCUAACAUGGCACGUUGGCCAGUCAGGUUAGCGUUCUCGGCUUGAGAUUCCACAAUGUGGGGUUGGAAGUCAUUCGAGAGCUUACGGCUACGUAAGUACUCUUACAGGCUGCGUUCAUGGACAUAUAUCCCACAAGAUCCAAUUUUAGAAAACUGUGAAAUGGGUUCAGAGCAUAUUUAACUG